AUGUAUGUUUCUUUAAUUGGCCCACUAUUAAGGCCUGAUAUAAUACGGAACGCACCGUUUUUCCGAUUAUUUGCACGGUAUAAGUCAUCUGGAUCGUCGCAAAGAUGGCUUAGAAGGCAGAAAAAUGAUAUUUAUAGUAGAGAAGCCAAGCAUGAAAACUUGAAGUCUAGAGCAGCCUUUAAACUUUUACAAAUAGAUCAGCAAUUCAAACUUUUUCACAGUCCGGGAGGGGUGCCGUUAAAUGUUGUUGAUCUUGGAGCAGCGCCCGGUGCUUGGAACCAAGUGGCUUUGGAUAAAUGUCCAAGACAGUCUAAAAUUUUGGGUGUCGACAUCUUACCAUAUCAGCCACCCAGAGGCGUUUCCUCAAUGCAAGCAAAUAUCCUAAGCAAGCGGACGCACGAAAAUAUUAGAAACUUUUUUCAAAAAAAGGACAAUAAGAGCAUGAUGGAGGAAUUCGAAGAUGUGGAAAUAACCACGGUUGGCGGUAAAAAGCUCACAGUUACGGAGGGAACUAUCCAAGGAGCCAAUUCAGCAUCUAUUGACACUUAUAGCAGUCCACAGGAUAAAUCACCAGGAUCCGAUCAACCUGUGGAUUCAGAGCAAGAGAAGCACCUUGAGGAAGCCAAAAAUUGGCCCGUCGAUGUGGUCCUAAGCGAUAUGUAUGCACCUUUUUUACAAAUUACAGGUUAUGCAAGUAAAACUACUAACAUUCCAUAUGCUAGGAUGGCCAAUACGUCUGGCCUUGCAGUCAGAGAUCACGAGAUGUCAAUGGAUCUCUGUGAUGCUGCCCUCGUCGUGGCAAUUGAUCUCCUCAAGAAAAACGGAAAGCUUGUUAUCAAAUUUUUCACCGGUGCGCAAGACAAGUACUUGGAGCAAAGACUUAAAGUUGUAUUUCACAAAGUGCAACGUUUCAAACCUUCGGCCUGCCGGCGUGAGUCUAAGGAGUGUUAUUUUGUUUGUUUGGGCAAAAAGAGCUACUAUGUUGACAAGUUAAUGGUCUUCCGCAAAGCUUAG